AUGGCGUCCAACGAGAGAAGGGGAGCUCCGUUGCCGAGACACGAAAUCUUGCACCAACUGCGCGGCCUUCAAGAAGGGAGACAUCGAGAGCUGGUUAGCAACCGCUCCGUGGAUAGCCGUUGGAUAUUCCAACCAUCCGUCUCGGACAUGACUUCCAUAGCUGCUGAGAUGACGCUCGAAGAUGCAAACGACUGCUGUAACAAAGCCACCGGCAUCUAUGUCCACGCAGCGAAACGCACAAUUUACAUUUGCCUGCUUCUCCAGACCCUGCACAACUACUUGUACGAGAGAUGGUUUCGUCCCUACAAGAGCGAGAUCGAGUAUGUCCAGUUCAUCGCCAAGACGUUUCUCCCAGAGCUGCUCCCCGAGGAUUUGCGGCUCGAACCAUUGGCCAGCCUGGCCGUCUCAGUCCAUGCAGCCAUCUGCAGACGGGCGCAAGAGGCCCGAGAUGCAGUUAAGGUCCUCUCACUCCGAGACCAAAGAGACUGGGAUCCGUCGCCUCCCAAUUGUCCCAAGAUCUUGGGCCGGGGUGUAUACGUGGGACAGGAUCUUCGACAGAUCAUCCGUGACCAAGAAUUCUUCUUGCUUCGACCGUUGUUCCGAGCAAUAAUUAUCAUCAUCAGACUGGAAGAAUACACUGACAAGGACAUGGACAUUGCUCAACUGCCCGUCCUCCUGGUUAGGACGGGAGUAGAGGACGGUCUAAGCGCUCCCAUAUCAUUCGAACCCAUCGCCCACAAAAUUCAAGGUGCCGUCCAAGUCACCGCCAAGGGAGAGACUGCAGUCCGAGUGGCACUUGAAGUCGCCGUGGACUUUAUCCUGAGCCUGGACAAGCGAGAGAAUGAUGCUCUUGGCCAUCAACCAGACCCGGUUGCCUCUACACAAGAGCUUGAAGACGGUGGCCUUGCUGGUCGUGACGAGAUCCUUGCAAGAGCUAGGAAACUCGGCUGGGGCGAUGAGCCGCUGGUAGGGCCGAGUUCUGAAUGGGUAGAUACCAAGAUACAUACCGGAUGGUGCGGCGGAGGCGUCUACUCGGACAACCGGAUGCGACGAGCACAGAAGUUCGAACGUGAAACUCUUGUUAGGGUCGAGGAGAUGGAGCCUCAGCGUCGCGAGUUGCCGAAAAUCUUCAACGGGUCUACGAAGCAUUUUAACAUCUAUUCUGCUUGA